GGUUGACAAGAGCAUGUGCUUCCGGCCGGCGAGCGCUCUCGGCAUGUCAUGCGGAACCGUUACGAUCGACCCGCGUCGGGCCAUGGUGCUCGUCAUCUGGAAUAACCGGCUGAAGCUCUACCAGCUGCCCAAGGGCAGGAGGAACCUCGAUGAGAGCAUGCUUGCGGCUGCGCUCCGAGAGACGUACGAGGAGACUGGUCUCCAUGUAACACCGCUCCAGCUUGACGUUGCGACCCGUGCAACUCCGCCCAAGACUGCACUGUCCGACACAUCCAAGAAGCCCCCAAACAUCACCGAAGGGCACCCCAGCCACGAAUUCGUCGGGGCAUGCAUCUACCCAGAUCCGCAAUCCGAGACCGAGGCUCUGAAGUGUGUCUACUUCUUUGCUGCGACCGCCGAGUGCACCGAUAUCCCGGACUCGGGGACGCAGGAAGAGUGGGAGAAGCUGGACGCGCGAUGGAUACCGCUCCGCGAGGUAUCGAAAACGCUGCGUUUCGAGGCCGAGAUACAGGUGGUAAUGAAGGCGGUGCAAGACAUGAAAAAAUCGGGAUACACAAUCGAAGCGUGAUUUGCCGCGGGCUCGGUGCGCUUGUCUUUGGGGGUCAUCGAUUGUCGAGGUCCAACUCCUCCCUUGCUCUUCUUGCGUUGUAUUGUUUUCACUCACUGGAGCCUCUGACAAAAUGGGACGACGGAGCUUGCGAAGGACACUCCAGUGCGCGGUUUGGCAAGGGAGAUGGGCCGUACCUGUUGCCUAGUGGGAUUCAAAAAAGGAAAAAGGGAAAUGAGCGUCUUCGCGUUAUAUUUUAGUUCUGUCAAGAGGAAUCCGGGUCCGCACUUGCGAAUCCGAACAUGUGCACUCACAACGCAGCAAAACGAACGACGGGGAUGAGAGGUCGGGGCACCCACCUCUCGAUCCCCCUUCUGGCUGCC